AGUCAAACUUCCUUAGGUUUAAAUCGAUAACUUUUUAGCUUGACGCAAGCGAGUGAAAGCUACCCGCAAGCUGAUACACAAAAGGAGUGGAGGACCUGCAGCAAUGGGAAUCAAACUGUACUACACCACCGUUACUGCCUCGCGGACGGUGAAGUCUCAACAGGCAGAAGUGAUUCGAAUCCUUGAGAGUAAAAGCAUCAAGUACGAGCUGGUCGACAUCUCUGUGGGCGGGGAGCUUCGUGACGAAAUGAGAAGCAAAGCCGGGAACCCCACGGCAGUCCCCCCCCAGCUGUUCAAUGAAGACCAGUACUGUGGGGACUAUGAAAUGUUUUCUGAGGCGGUGGAAGCGGAUACAGUGGACCAAUUUCUGAAACUGGCGUGAGGAGGACGUAGGAGUGUCAUUCUCC